UUCUUGACCUCGAAGCAAAGACCAAACCCUGAAGGCGUCCCCAUCCGACCUUUACAGCUUCUCACCGGCGAUCGAUUCCGGUAAGACCUUCCGAUACCUGUGAAUUUCUCACGGCUCCGAGGUCUAGGGUUUUCUCCGCUUCUCAAUCGCUGCAAUUUUAUUUACUAAUUGCUGUUCCGAGAUCUGCCUUUGAUUUUCUGAUUGGAUCUAUAUUGCUUUGUGUUAUCUGUAUUCUCUGCUGAUUGCUCUAGAUUUCGAAGAAAAAGAAACCAAAAAAAGAGAUUGAAUUUUUGAUUCUAGGGUUUGAUAGUAUUGAAAUUGGGGGUUGAGAAUUGUUGGGGAUUUGUUAAUUUUGUUUUGUAAUUGUUGAGUUUGAUAUCUUUGAACUAAGAAGAGCUGUGGUUGUUAAUCAUAUGGCGACAGGGAGAGUUGAAGUUUUUAGAAGAAGGGAUUCUCCUAAGUACUCUAAAAGAGAAUCUGAGUUUUAUAGGAAUGGCUUCUCUGGUGUUGAGCUGAGCCGUGGCAGCGAUGGUGGUGCUAGAUGUAGGGAUGAGGUUCGCGAUUUGAGAAGGUCGGUUGAGAAUGGGAGAGCUCCACAUUGGGAAGGGGCGGUGGUCGUGCUUCCUGAGAAGAAGAGGAAGUUUACGCCCAUUGUAUGGGAGGAUAAAGAAGAGAAGAAAGCGAGGACAUUGACAAGGAGUGGAGUUGUUCCUUGCUCGGCAGAGAAGGUGGCUCAUGAUGUUGUCUUAAAGAGUCCUGCUUCAGACAUUCAAUCUCACAGAGGCGGGGUUACUGAGAAGAGGAAGUCUCCGGAAGGUGUGGUUUCAUCAUUUUCAGAGAAGAGGAAGUCUCCUGUUACAAUUGACAGAGAAGAGAAGAAAGUGAGGAUAGCGUCAAAGAAUAGGGUUGUUAAAGUUGCUCCAGUCACAUCUCCUGCAUCUCAUCAGCCUACUCAAAUCAAUGGGGUUUCUUCAAAGUCUCCUAUUUCAGAGAUUCAGUCCCAGGGAGUGGAGGUGUCUGAAGCUGAAGCUUCUGUUGCUGGUCGGUUGGUGGAGUUUUCCCAAUCGGAAGGUCCGGCUGAUUUGCACACCCCAAUAUGCAAAUCUGAGGCACAGAGUAACCUGCAUGAUAAAGACCAGACCAGGAUCUCAAUGUCAAGAUGGGCAUCUGAUACUGAUUCUCCAAUGCAGGAUGGCAGAGGUAACUCUAGUCCAGAAAGUGGCGAAAUCCGAAGAGAGGACUCAGUUGGGCCUAGGAGCAGAACCUCUAGCUCUGAUGAAGAGAGCAACUCUGUUAGGGAGGAAGAGACCGGAGGAGUUGAUGGGGAUGCAAGUGGUGGUCACAUGUAUUCUGACUCAGAGGAUGAUAGUGGUCUUCCUCAGAUUGAAGAGUCUCCGGUGUCGAGAGGAAGAAGUACAAACAUGCUUCAGGGAUGCAGAAGUGUGGCAGAGUUUGCUAAACUAGAUGGGAUGCUUGGUGAAGGCACUUAUGGUGUUGUCUACAAAGCGAGAGAUAAACAAACUGGGGAAAUUGUAGCCAUUAAGAAGGUGAAGAUGGAUAAGUCCAAUGAAGGUUUCCCUAUUACAUCAUUGAGAGAAAUAAACAUUCUCUUGGCGUGUAAUCACCCUUCCAUUGUUGGUGUGAAGGAAGUUGUUCACAAUGGUGAUGAUAUUUUUAUGGUUAUGGAGUGUAUGGAGUAUGAGCUUAAGCUUCUGACAGAGGCAACGAAGCAACCAUUUAGUAUAGGAGAAGUUAAGUACUUGGUGAAAAGUUUGUUGGAGGGUGUGAAGUAUCUGCAUGACAAUUGGAUUCUCCACAGAGAUCUGAAAACCUCAAAUAUUCUUUUAAACAAGGAGGGUGAACUGAAAAUAUGCGACUUUGGUUUGUCACGGCAGUACGGGAGUCCCCUGAAGCCAUAUACUUCCCUAGUGGUCACUUUGUGGUACAGGGCGCCUGAACUUCUAUUGGGUCAGAAACAGUAUUCUACAGCAAUUGAUAUGUGGUCAGUUGGAUGUAUAAUGGCUGAACUGUUGGCCAAGGAAGCACUAUUCCCAGGGAAAAGCGAAGUUGAGCAGCUUGACAAGAUAUUCAGAACUCUUGGUACACCAAAUGAGACGGAUUGGCCUGGGGUAUCCAAUUUACCUGGCUUCAAAGCAAUUCAGGUUAGACAGCGGGAGAACCUUUUGCGCAAGAAAUUUGCUGGGACAUGUUUCACAGGAUCCCCAAUGCUCUCUGCUUCAGGGUUGGAUUUGUUGACUAGGCUUUUAACAUAUGACCCUGCGCAGCGGAUUUCAGUGGAUGAUGCUCUUGGCCAUGACUGGUUCAAAGAUUAUCCUGAACCCAGACCUUACAAGCCUUCUCCUACUGUGCAUGACAGGUACAUGAUCCUCAGGCAGCGUCAGGAAAAGGAGCAUCUGGAAAGGGCGCGUCGGGGAAAGCGGUAAUUAGGAUUCUCUGUUGAAGUCUGAAGGAUUUGCAAGGUGUCAGUGUUUCACUGUCUGCCUAUAUAAAGGUCUGGAGUAAUGUUGAGAAAAACAGAAAAACUCGAUUCUAUUUCAUGUUCAACUGGUGUAUACUGUUGCGUAAAAUUUGGAGUACAUAAUUGGAUGCAUUGAUCUUAUUACUAUA